AUGGUCGCCCAAGUUCAAAAACCAGCUCCAGCUUUCAACAAGACCGCCGUGAUCGACGGUGUUUUCGACGAAGUGUCUUUGGACAAAUACAAGGGCAAGUACGUUGUUUUGGCGUUCAUCCCUCUCGCAUUCACUUUCGUGUGCCCAACCGAGAUCGUGGCCUUUUCCGACGCCGCUAAGAGAUUCGAGGACAUUGGCGCUCAGGUGCUAUUCGCCUCCACUGACUCUGAGUACUCGUUGCUCGCCUGGACCAACAUCGCCAGAAAGGACGGUGGUCUUGGCCCAGUCGACAUCCCAUUGGUUGCUGACACCAAUCACUCUUUGGCCAAGGACUACGGUGUCCUUAUCGAGGAAGCCGGUGUCGCUCUCAGAGGUUUGUUCUUGAUCGACCCCAAGGGAAUCGUGAGACACAUCACCAUCAAUGACUUGCCAGUUGGUAGAAACGUUGAAGAAGCCCUCAGACUUGUCGAAGGUUUCCAAUGGACCGACAAGAACGGUACUGUGUUGCCAUGCAACUGGACCCCAGGUGCCGCCACCAUCAAGCCUGACGUCGAUGCCUCCAAGGAGUACUUCAGCGCUGCCAACAAAUAA